GGAAGGAGACCAAAUAUUCUGUGUUGAAAAUAAAAUACCAUCACUCCGACCAGUCAUGGUCAGGAACAUAUCCUUUUUAACUCCAUUUCUUUUUUUCUCCUUUUUCGUCGAUUCGCAUAAAAAAAUCUUCAUCAAUUUGCCCAAUUUUCAUUGGAUCUAGGGUUCUUUUCCAGUGAAUUUGAUGGAAAUAUUUUGUAGUAAAUAAUCAAAACUUCAAAUUUGGGGUGUCAGAAUAUAGUUAGAGAAGAUGAAGGAAUUGUUUGGGGGUCCAGGGAAAGUGAGUGGGUUGGUAUUGCGAAUGUGUCAGUUUUUAUUUGCUGCUUCUUCUAUGGUUGUAAUGGCUUCUUCUCAUGGUUUCGCCACUUAUACUGCUUUCUGCUAUUUAAUUGCAUCAAUGGGGCUGCAAGUAUUAUGGAGCUUCUCACUUGCCUGCUUGGAUAUCCAUGCCUUAAGAUUGAAAAGAGAUCUAAGGAAUUAUGUCUUUUUGAGCUUGCUUGUAAUCGGUGAUUGGGUGACAGGCAUUUUAUCACUUGCUGCUGCAUGCUCAUCAGCCGGUGUGGUAGUUUUGAUUGUUAAAGAUACAAAUAUGUGCAAAUCCAAUCCUAAGCUAUCCUGCCACAUGUUUCAAAUUUCAGUAGCUUUGGCUUUCCUCUCAUGGUUCUUCCUUGCCAUUUCUUCCUGCGUCAUGUUUUGGCUCGCGGCCUCUUGAUUAAAGGUCCCUUCUCCGCAUGCUACCACGUCUUCAUAUGGUGAUCGAUGUGAAUAUUAUUGACUUUGAGAACUUAUGUACAGGAAGUAGUAACUAUGUUUUUCCUUUAGUGGCUUGUUUUGAGGUUCCUCAUUUCUGGAAAUGAGCCUCCUCAUUAAAACCAUUUUUUUUGUUUAUGUAAUACAAAGUGUAUGCCAUGGGGAUUCAUGAAAUAAUGUCAUUUAAGACCCUCUAGGUUAUCUUUCAUUGCUUUUGACAUUUGAUUUUUGACAUCUUAAUUCAUAAACCAAUUCCCUUGCCUUGUUA